AUGGCCUCACAAAUCCAAGCCGACUACCUCAUCAUCGGCGCCGGAGCCAUGGGCAUGGCCUUCGCCGACACCCUACUCAGCGACACUCAAGCAACAUUCGCGAUAGUCGACCGCUACGCCCGUCCAGGAGGGCAUUGGACGACGGCUUACCCUUACGUCCGGCUGCAUCAGCCAUCUCAAUUCUACGGUGUGAAUUCUCGGAAUCUGGGUGAAGAUCGCCUGGAUCAGGUCGGUUGGAACAAGGGACUGUCAGAGCUGGCUUCGGUCGAUGAAGUAACAGCAUAUUAUGGAAUCGUGAUGGACCAGACGUUUCUCCCGUCCGGUCGCGUGCAGUACUUUCCUCUGCAUGAGUAUACCGGUGAAGGACAGUGGCGGUCGAAUGUGACUGGGAAAUCGUACCAGGUUGGGAAGCAGACGAUCAUUGUGGACGCCACGUUUAUGAAAGUCAAAGUGCCCUCCAUGGGUCCGCCUCCGUACAAAGUAGGAGAAGGCGUUGAGCUUGUAACGCCGAACGACCUUCCCAAGGCGACUCGACCCUACGCUGCCUACACUGUCGUUGGAGCCGGCAAGACUGGCAUCGAUGCAUCCAGCAUCAACGCCAUCAACGGCUCGGUAAUGGAAGCUAGCUCACCCGAAGACCUCUUCUUACGGCUGGAGAAGCACAAGCAGCUCAUACGCAUGACCGACCAAGUCUGGCCCUCAAUGUUUCGCUGCGCCACUGUCUCCCUCGCAGAGCUCGAGCAAGUCCAGAAAAUCGGCAACGUCAUCCGACAAGGCCGAGUCGUCAGUCUCGAAGCAAACAAAGUAACAAUGGAGAACGGCGACUACCAACCCGGCCCCGAUACGCUCUACAUCGACUGUAGCGCCGAUGCCCUUGCCAAACUCGAACCCGUUCCCGUCUUCCGCGGAAAGCAAAUCACCCUCCAAUCCGUCCGAUACUGCCAGCAAGUCUUCUCCGCUGCCUUCAUCGCCCACGUAGAAGCCACCUACGACGACGAGAAGCUGAAGAACGAUCUCUGCCACGUCGUGCCACAUCCAGAUGAGAGCAUUGAUUGGUUCAUCGUGACAUUGCAAAGUCAUCGGAAUGGUCCGAAGUGGUCCGCUCAGCCGAAGACGGCUGCAUGGUUGGCCCAGGCACGACUGGACUGGUUUGGCAAGUUACUGCCGCCAGCUCCGUCUGAUCCGGAACAGGUGCCGGCGUUUUGGGCGGCGUUUGGAGCGCAGGUGCAGGCACUCUGUGAGAAGUUGGAGAUUCUUAUCGGCCAGCUUCCGGAGAAGGACGCGGCGAGAGCGAAGGCGCAAAUAGCGAGGUGA